AUGUUGGGAGCACCAUCACUGCGGAACGACUACUACUCUGAUCUUCUCGACUGUAGUGAGAGUGGAAUGAUUGCGUUAGCGCUGGGCUCCUCUGUUUAUCUUUGGGAUUCAGAAACUCAGGCUCUAGUGGGAGUUUUGGAGCCGUUUCCAGCUCCAGAUCAACCGCGCUCUGAGACUCUGUCCAUCUCACGUCUGUGCUGGAGCGGAGACGGCAGAAUGCUCUGUAUUGGCAACAGAAGGGGGGAGGUUCAGUUAUGGGAUGUUGACCAUAUGCAGAACCUGAGAUCUCUGCAGUCACACUUUUCUGCAGUCGCAGCUCUCUCCUGGAAACAGGAAGUACUCAGCAGCGGCUCUGUUCUCGGACACGUCCACCACACAGAUGCUCGGGCUCCUGCUUCGCUGGUCGGUGCUGCUGAUCUGCAAGAGGAGAUCUGCAGCCUGCAGUGGUCUCCAGGAGAAGAAUGGAUGGCGAGCGGCUCCACAAAGGGCCUCCUUCAUAUUUGGGGCAGUGAUAUUGCAGGAAUUAAAAAAUCUUCUCAGGCUAUUGAGAGGAUGAGGCAGCCCAGUGCUAUUAAGGCGAUGGGGUGGUGUCCAUGGCAGAGAGGGGUGAUAGCUACAGGCGGAGGUUGGAAGGAUGGAGAACUCAGAAUUUGGGAUGCACAGUUGGGGACCUGUUUGAAUUCUGUCAGCACAAACUCACAGAUCUGUUCUCUUCGAUGGGCUGGAAAGAAGAGAUAUCUCAUAACUAGUCAUGGACUUCCUCAUAACUCGGUCUACUCGUGGACUUGGAAGUUUCCCGACCUCACUCGACUCCAUCAGCUUGCAGGUUAUAAACGGAAUGAAAGCGGUAAAGGCCUCAUCACCCUGACUCAGUCCAGUUUCUUUUCAGGUCAUUCUGAUCGAGUUCUGCACGUGGCCAUAAACCCUGAUAACACUCACCUCUUCUCUGCUGGAGCAGACCAGCGCCUCCACAUCUGGGAUCUGUAGUUCUCCACAGCUUUCAAUGCUGAUUUUAGAGUUACAGUCAAACUGUAGUUAUGAGGCCAGACCAAACCCAUCUUUUACAGAGAGCAUAUUUUUUUAAUCUACGUCAAUAUGAGCCAAAUGCAAAUUUAAGAUAUUGUUUUAUUUUAUUCUUUUGUAAAGUAGCCGUCCAGUAGACUUUUUUUAUUUUAGUGUUAAAAGUCAAAGUGUUUUUUUAGAAAACUAAGAAAAGAAUCAUGGGAUCUGUAAAAAUUGAGAUAUAUCACAUAUUCUAGAAAAUAUUUCCAAAAAUAUUUUUUCAACAAAAUUUAAUGGCUUCUAAAACUAUUUUUUUUCUUUAUUUAUUAUGUUUUUUUUUUAAAUCCUCGUGAAACCUCCUUAACCUUGUUUAGUUCCUUUAUUAUUUUGCAUUUUACAAACGAGUUUAUGUAGUUUUUGUGUCUGAGAAUGUGGGUUUUAACCCCCUUCAGAAAGUUCAUGCAUUCUGUCUCAGUUUCACGUCUCGUUAUAUUGUCCGUCUUAGUGAUGAAGCUGUGGAAGGUUUUUUCUUUCCUUUAUGUUGCACUUGGUUUUCUUGUAUCAUGUUUUUUUGUCUUUGAGCCUGUGCAUCAUCUGUGUUGACCUUUUGUUUGCUUAUACUCAACCAAUUGCUGAAGCUAAAAGAAAGUGUUUUUGAUGGAUCCAAAGACAGUCUAACUUUAACUGGACUGUCUGCAUUUAUGCAGGUGAGACUGUACAAUUAAGGUAAAAACAUGAAAAUUUCUGGAAAAAAUUAUAGAUACCCAGCCAUACAACUUUU